AUGUCGCAUUCAAUGCUCACGAUAUCGAAGACCAGGACAGAGGAUAACAGGGUGCAUGUGAAUCUACUGCCGUGCCGUAUACAUCAUGAUGGAGCUAUCGACACGGUUACACCGUAUUGGAGCCCGUCAGGGAGCAGCGGCGGCAUAAAGACAGCAUAUGUUAGAGGCCGAAAACUCCAUGGCAAGACCGUAAAGUUGCCAGAUGGCUAUCAUGGUUCAGUGGUGGAAAAGGGCGAGACGAAACAAGAGGUCCCGGGCGCCGAGGAGGGGGAAGGAGAUGUGGAAUUUGCAGAUCUUCCCGAAGCUAUUGAGAUUGCACCGCUAAGCAGCAAAGCGACGUUUGACGAUUUUGUAAUCUGGGGUCACGAGUCUACUGCGGACUCAGGAGCAGACCCGUAUCUGAGGAGCAUUGAAGAAUGGGUGUCACUGGCGGAGAAGCCAGGGAGAAUAGCAGACCCCGAGGACAUGGUCGUUGCAUGGGACAGGCGUUCGGGAGUCAAAAAGGUUACAGAAGUCAAGCAUCUUGUGCGCAUGGUAUGUGUAUACGUUGCUAUCUCAACGACAGGAGCUAGCACCACGCCCGUAAAACCGGACGGUGGCGGGGAUCAUAGGGCUUGA